CAUUUCCAGCAAAGAGCAAAUUUCUUCUUUAUCAUCUUCAUCUUGCCUUGAUCCCUUGAUGCUUUAGCUCAGGCAGGGUCCACUUGAUUAUAAUAUUUCAUUGAUUUGACCAAAAAGUACACCGAAAUGGAUAUGGAAUUUGAAGCUGACAAGAAAGAAAAUAAGGACGAAGCACAAGAAAAGGAUAAUAAACCAAAAAGCUCAAAAAAGAAGAAUAAACGGAAAAAGGCCACAAAUGGCGUAGAUGGUGAAAAAAAUCUGGUGUCCACCAUUAAUGAGUCUGAGGUCCAAGCGGGAUGCAACAUAUCAAUUCAGGAUAUUCGAAAAGCAAUGGAGGUGUUUUCGUUACAACAGAAGCCGGCGAAAACGCCAGAGGAAGCUCUACAGAAGCCCUAUCAGUUCUGGAGUACUCAGCCUGUACCAAAGAUGGAUGAGAAGAUAACAGUGAACGAGCCAAUCGAGGUGGACAAGAAGGCAUCGGAGAUCAGGCAGGAGCCGUACAGCCUCCCCGCCGGCUUCCAGUGGGACACGCUCACCCUGGACGACCCCCUCGUGCUCAAGGAGCUCUACACGCUGCUGAACGAGAACUAUGUCGAGGAUGACGAUAGCAUGUUCCGAUUCGACUAUCCGCCCCAGUUUCUCAAGUGGGCGCUUCAACCCCCCGGGUGGCGGAAAGAGUGGCACUGCGGUGUGAGAGUGACAAAGAGCGGGAGACUAGUCGGAUUUAUCAGUGCAAUACCUGCCACCUUAAAUAUUUACAAAUCAGCUCAGAAGAUGGUGGAGAUAAACUUUCUGUGUGUGCACAAAAAGCUGCGCCUGAAACGGGUGGCACCUGUUCUGAUCAGGGAGAUUACCAGGCGGGUCAACCAGACGGGCAUUUUCCAGGCGGUCUACACGGCAGGCGUCGUUCUGCCCAAACCUAUUGGCACGUGUCGGUCAGUGUCCAUUUGUGUCAAUUUAGAAUUAGUUUACUAUUUUAUCUGUGUGAGUCAUAUGUAUGGGAACCCUUCAAUAAGUUUUUUUGUGGUUUUGUUGUUGCAGUACCUGUCUAGAUUCGACCUGGUUCCGCUGUUUUCUGAGGAGGAGUUCCGUCAUUGGUUCCUGCCACAGGCGGGCAUUGUUGACACCUUCGUCGUCGAAAAGAACGGCGAAUUAACUGAUAUGGUGAGCUUCUACACUCUGCCAUCUACGGUGAUGCAUCACCCGGUUCAUAGGACCCUGAAGGCGGCCUAUUCCUUCUACAAUGUGUCAGUGGGCACACAGUGGGUGGACCUGAUGGGUGAUGCGCUCAUAUCUGCCAAAAAUGCUGGUUUUGAUGUAUUCAAUGCAUUAGAUCUGAUGGAAAAUAAGGAAUUCCUAGAACCAUUGAAAUUUGGAAUUGGGGAUGGAAACCUCCAGUACUAUCUCUACAAUUGGAGAUGCCCAUCUAUAGCACCAAACAAGAUUGGCCUUGUACUUCAAUGAAGAAGCAAUUGGGUUUAGCUGGCUGAAUUCUAUCAAUCGGUGUACAUUAUCUAUUGUAUAGCUUCUACACUAAAUAUUAUAAUUAUAUCAUUAUUGUCUUUAUCGUAUUUUGAUAGACCAAAAUGUUAAUGCACAAACUAGGCUCUUCAAUCUAUAGUGAGGAGAUCACAACAUUCUGUCAGCAUUGAUUAAAUGGGAGGCAUUGGUGUUAUUCCUUAGGGAUGCUGACAGUUUGAAAUGUUUCUCACCAUAGACACAUGAUGUGUUACCCAAAUAACUCGUUGAAACAACUUCGUUGAAAGAACGUCGUUGAAGCAACGUUGUCAACUAGUGGACACGAAAAUUAUAUAAACUGAAAUAGUUUGAAAGUCCCUUGAAGAAGAUAUUCUUGAUUUUGAGAGUAUGUCUUCUGAACGCUUUGCAAUAAGGUUUGUGCCCUCAACAUGUUUUUCGAAUGCAAGACUAAAUUUAUUUGUGAACUUGUAUGAAUUUGCUGAAUGAACAAGUCGUUGUAAAUAAAUUUACGUGGAUGGAAA